AUGGUGCUCGAUCUGUACUACAACAUUAUUGCUCCACCCUGUCGCAUGGUGUUGUUGUUCGCGAAGUGGUUACGGCUGGAGCUGAACCUUAUCGAGCUGGACGUGCUGAAACGUGAACACUACAAGCCAGAGUUUCUCAAGCUGAAUCCUCAACAUUGCAUUCCCACGCUGGUGGACGGCGACGUGGUGGUGUGGGAGUCCAGCGCAAUCCUCAUCUAUCUGGCGGAAAAGUACGGCAAAGAUGACACACUUUACCCGAAGGAUAUUGCGCUCCGAGCGAAGGUGAAUCAGCGGCUGUUCUACGAUAUCGGUACGCUUAUGCGCAGCAUUACCACCUACUACCAUCCCAUCCUGAUGGGAGGCGAGGGUAAGCUGGAGGACUUCAAGAAGGUGCAGGACGCCGUCUGCGUGCUCGACCGGUUCCUCGGUGAGGGCCGCUGGAUGGCGGGAGAACAUAUAACGGUGGCGGACUUUACCACCGCCGUGACGGUGGCCGCCCUCGAUGGGGUGCUGAAUUUCGACUUUUCCACCUACCCCAACGUACACCGUUGGUACGAGCAGUGCAAACGGGAGCUGGUUGGCUACACCGACAUCACCAAGGAGGCGGGCCAGCGCACGCAGGCCUUUCUGGAGCGAUUUCGCUCGAUGCGGGCCGCCGAACAGCAGCAGCUGUUUGUCCAGUCGCAACAGGAACAACGGCCGCCGCAAUACACCGAGCUGCAAUCGCACAAGCCCAACGAAAUCAAUUGUGAUAAUGGACGGCGUAGUGGAAAUCAUGGUGCAAGUCAUGGUGAGGAUUCCAGUACCGCCGCGCACGAAACGGCCGCACGCGAUUAA